UGUGGGGUAUGCAUCAUGCAAGCAGUCAAAGUGUCGACAAGAAGACCCAAACGACUGCCCGAUACUGCCCGAGAUAAACGACGACAAGAAAAACGCACGCAAAAAAAAAAAAGUCCAACCUUGCGUAAUAAAUACGCAGAACUACCUACGACCAACAAUAACAAAAACGUCAUCCAUGACGUCUGUGACCUCAUCGAAGUCUCGCAACAUGCGUUGUUUCCCGAGAUACAGCGAGGGAACUCUGGGAAUUUUCUCGACUACACACAGAUAGAGUGGAACAAAGCGUUGAGGAGGGAGGUGUGUGCUCCUCUUGGACUUUGUGAAUCCUCACAUUUGUUUCUGCUUGUGGUGGUCACAACAGUCGUAACAACGGAAGGGCAGAGAGGACCGGGGGGUGCUUCUCAAUGCUCAGGAGGAAGGGACGAUCCUGCCGCCCGCGUUACUACGACGGCCAGUGUAGGCUCCCUGCACCGAUGGGUACCUCCGAGCAGCCUUAAGAGAAAUGCAGUCAACCCCGAGAAGCCAGAACAACCUCCAGAAGGCAGACCCAGGCAGCAACAACAGCAACCAAACCGUCAGUUGGAUGAGGGUCAGGCCCUGCAAGUGUUCCGCAAGGUACGCGGCAUCCUCAACAAGCUCACCCCGGAGAAGUUUGAGAAGCUGAGGCGGGAGCUGCUUGUAGUGGGCCUGGACUCGACACAUGUGCUCAAAGGAGUGAUCCUGCUUAUCUUUGAGAAGGCCUUGGAUGAGCCCAAGUACAGUUGCAUGUACGCUUCCCUCUGCCGGGAACUGUGCCGAGAAUCUCCUAACUUUGAUCACCCAGAAAGCAACACCUUCAGGCGUCUCUUACUCACAAAGUGCCAGGAUGAGUUCGAAAACAGGCGUAAGGUCAGCGAGGCGUACGAGCACCGAGAGAGCUCACUCACCCAGGAGGAACAGGAGCAGCGCCUGUUGGCCAAGCACAAGAUGCUGGGCAACAUCAAGUUCAUUGGCGAGCUGGGCAAGCAGGGCCUGCUGCAAGAGAGUAUCUUGCAUCAGUGCAUCCAGCAGCUGCUGGUGGCCUCCGCACGACGCAGUGGUGGCCGCACCACCCCAUCUGAGGUGGAGUGGCAGGACCUUGAGUGCCUCUGUCAGAUCAUGGUCACCGUGGGGAGGCGGCUCGACACACAACGUGCCCGCUCCCUCAUGGAACAGUACUUCGAGCGCAUGCGCACGCUGGCGUCGGCACCGGACCUGCCACCUCGCAUACGUUUCCUACUUCAAGACGUGGUGGAGUUGCGCCAGAACGGAUGGGUGCCAAGACGUGCUAACUCUGAGCACGGACCCAGAACGAUCCAGCAGAUCCGUGAGGAGGCGUCACGCGACCUCGGGGUGUACCUUUCCGCCCGGGUGAGCAGCAACAAGGCCUCCUCUCUGGGAGGAAUGGACGACGUCUUUGCACCUUUGCCCAUGGGUAAACUGGGCACUGGACCGGGGGUGAUUCCCUCUGACAGUUUCUUUCCCUACACUAACAACCGCAAUGCUGGCCGAUCAUCCUCUCUUGGAAACUCUGGCUUUUUGGGUGGAUUCUACAACGGACGUGGCACGAACCGGGCAGGUGGCAGAGGUGAACAACUUCCCCCACGCUUCCUCAAGAAGCAGGGCCCUGCCAGCAUGGAUGAGAUCUCGUUGCGCCCGGCACAAAACUCUAUGGUGCUGAAACCGAAAACUGCCUUUGCUAAGACACCUCAGUCACCCAUCACAGCACCGCAUCCCUUGGCCAAGCAAGCUCUCAAAGAGCCACCCAUUGUGGUAAAGCAAGUGGUACAAGAUAAGAACCGUGCCAAUAAAGCUGAUGCCCCCACCAAGGAAGAGGUGGUGAAGAGAGUGGAGGGUCUUCUCUCUGGCCUCAAGGGGGACAAGACAAAUGUGGACGAAGUAGCAACUGCCUUCCAGGCGCUACGUAUCCCAAAGAAGUUUCUACACGAGGCCCUCAGCAACCUCAUGUUGGGGACCCUGCACAAGUCUGAGUCCGACUGGGACACUGUCACCCACGUGGCGCUCUCUCUCAAGAAGGACAAUGCACUAGGCUCUGCAUACCUAGAUGCCCUGCAGGAUGUGUUUGGGCGCAUGAGCACCCUCGAGGAGGAGGGUGGCAUAGCUCGUGUCAAGAGCCUGGUGGCUGGUCAAGUAGCCCGUGGUGUGCCCCAAGGACUUGUUUCAUUGUCUGAACUAGCCCACCUGCUGCCCAAUGGGGCUCACUACCCAAUCUUCCUAUUAGUGCUCCAGCAACUGAGCAAGUCUCAGGGGGCUCAGUGGCUGCAGGGAACCCUGCGAGCAGCCAAAGUGGACUUGGAGGCUACAGCCCUGCCACCUGAGGGACACCGAUCACAAGAGAAGCUGGCUGAGGUGCUGGACGACCGUGGCCUCGGAUUUCUCUUGCCUCGCCUUCAGGGCGACCUGUGGCGUCAGCUCCGUACGGACCCAAGCCCUGGUGCCCUCUACCGCUGGCUUCGGGAAUCUCUCGACCCUGAGCAACAAAGCGAGCCUGCAUUGGCAAGUGCUCUUAUGACCUGCCUGUUACGUCACAUAGUGGGUGAGGCUGAAAGUGCCCUGGACAAAGGGGAGAAAGAGCGAGAAUUGGCCCAACGCUACCAGUCCCUCCUGCGGGCAUUCCUAGCUGAACGGCCACCAUUGCAGUUGGCCGCUGUGUACGCCCUGCAGGUGUUCUGGCACCAGCGUGGAUUCCCUAAGGGAUCCUUGCUGCGCUGGUUCAUGCUUCUCUAUGACCUGGAGGUGGUAGAUGAAGAAGCCUUCUUGCGCUGGCGCGAAGACGUCAAUGACGACUACCCGGGCAAGGGAAAGGCACUUUUUCAGGUGAACCAGUGGCUGACUUGGCUGGAAGAAGCUGAAGAGGAAGAGGAGUGUUCCGAUGAAGGAGACAACUGACUGACCCUUUUCUUUUCUUUUUAAACUGUUUUAAUGCCUGGGUUUCCUUCCUCUAGUGCACACUUUUACUAAGGCUUCCCUUAUUUUUAAAAGAAAUCCUCGCGACGAGUGUCUGGAGAACUUUCCUUCUUUGGGUUUGAAUUUGGUGGUUCUUGCCGACGGACAAGGCUCUUUCCACGUGGCUGCCACUUGCCCGGGUGAUUGGGCACCAAUAAAAUGUUCUUUGUCUAGA